AUGGCCUCGGCCUUGUCACUUCGCCUCGCGGCAACAGCCCUCUUCGCCCUCUCCGCCUCAGCACAGUCACUAUCAUCAUCCCUUGACUCUCUUCUUCAUCGAAGUGUCGACGAUGUUCUCAACCGACCCUACGCCGCCCUGCUAACGACAGCACCGUUGUCUGAGCGUGAUGGCGAGAACUCAACCGCCGGCCAGGCUCCCGCCGGUGCAAUCCCUCUCAACAAGGAUGGUUCAAUGAACAUGACCGCAUGGAACAUGAACACCAACUCUGCAUGCCGUGCAAUGCUCGGAGGCCUACACAAGAGCACAAACCCUACAGGGACAUGUGUCUGCUACAACCUACCCUCUCUGGAUGUCAAGACAGGUAUCUUCGAGGCAGAUCUGCGAUUGUACCAAGUAUCGCAGCCUCGAGGCAGUUUCGCGGGCGUCGCGACUGAGGAUAUCAAUGUCGGCAUUUCAUUCAAUGGCGCCAGUGUCAUGCCCGUUGAGUCCAAGGACGUGAACGGCACAGGCCUGGUUGGAGAUAUGCCCGGUAUGAGAAAAAGAGGCGAUGGGAGCAUGGAGUUGCUACAAUCAUAUAUGUUGAUUGGCCAGAUCAAUGCUGACAAGAUGACGGAUAACAUGACUAUGGACGAGCUCGAAGCCCAUCUCAUGCCAACUCUUACUCUCUCUGCACGCAAUAGCAGUGGGAGUAUGAUCCGCACAAACGUCUCAAUCAACGAAGCCGCCUUUCUCACAGGCGUCUUCUCUCAAGAAGUAGUCCUGUCGGACUUCGCCAUGGCCCAAGCCGCUGUCGAUGAGCAACUCGCUGGUCUUUCCAACGGCACCGUCGCUUUCGUUCUGCCCGGCGUGCAGCUAAUGGUCUUCCCUAUUGGAUUGAUCAUAAUGAGCAUAUGGCUGCUCAUCUUCGUGGCAGCCGUUGGCUUCGGCACGUACGAACGCUACAACUAUGCUCUCAUGUACCAGCGCAGACAAGCUGUCACAAUGCCCAAGAAAGCGACGAUAUGA